AUGGCCAAGAAGGGAUUUACAGUGUUGCUGCAGGGCUUUGGCAAAGUGGGGCUACACACCAUGAAGUACCUGCACAAGAACGAAGCCUGCUGCAUCUGUGCUGGGUAGACAAAUGGAGCCACUUAUAUUCCCAGAGGGACUGACCCCAAGGAUCCAGAAAACUAUGAGGAGGACCAUGGCACCAUAGUUUACUUCCCAGAAGCAAAACCCUGUGACAGCAGCAUCCUGGAGGUGCUCUGUGACAUCUUCAUCCCUGCCUCUAUUGAGAAGCUGCUCACAAGGGGCAGUGGAUCCCAGGUGGAGGCUCUGCUUGUAGCAGAAGCUGCCAAGGGCCCCACUGCACCAGCAGCACAUGAGAUAUUCCUGCAAAGGAACAGCAAUAGACCAUGUCACGUCACAUGGGAUAUAUAUGUGAAUGCAGGUGGUGUGACCAUAUUCUUCUUCAAGUGCUUGAAGAACUUGAAUCACAUUGUCUAUGGCUGCCUCAGCUUCAAGUACAAGCAGAAAUCCAGCUACCACCUCCUGCAGUCAGUGCAGGACAGCCUGGAGCAGUGGUUUGGCAAGACCAGAGAGGAGAUCUGCAUUGUCUUGUCCCCAGAGUUCCAUGUCCAUGUGACUUGCUGA